GAGAAAAUAGUUCAAAACCACUUAAACAUAGCAUUGUUAAACAUAUUUUAGUAUUUGAACGAAAGCUAUAGGCAUAUUUUUAGCCCCUAAAAAUUUUCAUCUGUUCGGAUCUUCUAGCUGAAAGUCUAGUGAUCUGAAAAUUAUAUGGAUGAAAACUGACCUUUUUGAAAAUCUCAGCCAGAAAAAAGGCUCCCGAAAAUUCUAGGUGACCUUUUUAGGGUAAAAAUCCGUUAAAAAUAGGCAAUUAUACCAUUAUUUAGAUGUUCGAAAAUCCUAGGAGAGGCAGGCAAGCAAGAAAUUUUACAACAAAUGUUCCGAAAAUUGUAGAUCUCAAAUCGUCUUCCGAACAGAGAUUUUCCGAAAAUUGUCGUUGGGUGCCCCUGAAAAAAGUACAGGAAACCGUGAGCCAUGGCAGACUGAACAGAGAUAUUUAGAGUCUCUUUUACGGAAAAGAGCAAACGUCAGAUUCAAGUUGAGAAUUUCACAACAAGAAACAGGGAACACUUGGUCACGUGGUACAAAUUCACGUUUGCCGUUUGCCGCAAACGUGACUCUUGGCUCCAAAAGGGAGCUUAAGCAACAGCGUUUUUGAGCGACGGACGUCAACCGGAAGUGGGCUUUUUGCAACAUUGGGCAGUGGAUGGGUUCAAAAUCCCGGGCAAAAUCGUCUUUAUAAGAGAAAAGAAACUUAGAAAUACAAAUUUUUUAGCGUCAAGGCAUAUAAAAGAAGGGAAGGCCUCACUUCCGGUUGACGUGCAUCGCUCAAAGUCGUCUUUGCUUAGGGUCUCUAAUGUGAAGACAACUGUGUGCAAGACCUGCGCGCGCUCUCUUAAGUUUCUCUUCCAAUGACUGUCGCAAACGUAAGUGAUAACGGUAGUGUUUUUUUUUUUUUGAAUAUCGAGCCACUAGCGCAAGCUGUAAAUAACUGAAGACAUAAGUUUCAAAGUAAACUGAGUACUGCGUUAAAGAGGGCACGAUGUGUUGAGCCUCACGUAGUCAGGCCCCUUUGCAUGGACUAAAAUGGCCUCGAAAACGCUUACUUUGCAUAUGGAUUUUCACAAAAGCUUACCUACACCAAAGGUGUCUUCUCAAGACUGGUAUUACUCAAAAAAGCUCAGAACAAGCCUAAUGGGUAUAUACUGCGCAAACCAGGAGGUUAUACACUGUUUUAUGUACGACGAGUCUAUUGCUGGUGUAGGCCCAAAUGAAGUGAUCUCAAUCUUGGACUAUUUUCUCAAAAACUUCAGACGGAGCAAGGCCGAGACAGGUAUGACCAUCUUAUAGUGUGGUGUGACAAUUCUCCGGCUCAGUUUAAGCAAAACUUUCUAUUUUUUUUUAUAUGGAUUACCUGGUCACAAGAGGAGACUUCCUACGAACAGACUUAAAAUUUUUGUUGAGGGCCACUCGUAUAGUGUGUGCGAUAGAUAUUUUGGAAACAUUCAAAAAGUUUUUAACGCCCAAGAGAAAAUUGAAACACCCAAAGACUGGGAAAACGUUCUAGUCAGCAGUGGUUUAUCAAACGUCAAGGUCUAUUGGGUAGGUCUGGACAUGAUAAAGGACUACAAGUCAUUUUUAAAGUUAAAAUACGUCAGUAGAAACGAAGAUUUACAGCACGAGAAAUUUGAGGUCAAAGAAAUCGCGUGGAUUAAUGUUGGAAUUGGGGAACAGCCUGAUGACAGGGGCAAUCUGAAAGUUGUAGAUCAUCCCGACUGCGCCUUCGUGCGUUUCACUAUUGACCCAAAACAGCAACCCAGGCUAGUUUCGUACACAAAGAAAAGGCAAGCAACUCCACUGCGAAUAGACCUACUGACCACACUGAGGCAGGAACUAAGGCCAAUUCGUGAAGAUGUAAAGCAGCAGUGUCUAAAUCUAGCUAGAAAAUAUUUAAGUGAACGUGCCGAGCGUUUUUAUGCUGCCCUACCAUGUAUCCAAGAGGGCAGCGAGAUUGACGAUUGAAGGUUAUCAUUAUAUACCUUUCACUUGAACAUUAAUCGUGUGUCCUAAUUAGCUUCCUCUUUAACGCAGCACCUCAGUUUCCUUCGCCUUGCCUAGAACCUGGAUUUUUCAAAGUUAUCCUAAACAGGUUAUUCUUUUUAAUAUAUAAAUGGUAGUUAGUACAGGUUAAGGCUAUUUAGGUUCUUACAUAGGUUAUGUUCUGAAUAAGAACCAUACAAUAUAGCCAAGAGAAUUUAGUGGUUCAACUUAUUCCUCAUAUAAAAUCUGCACACCAAAUAAGUAUUGACCUCAUUGGCAUUUGAACAGUCCAGUUAGAGCGAUAAUGCAGGUAUGUCUUCAAAGAGGAUUCUGAACAGUGACUGAUCUAACUUUUGCCCAAGGGUACAGGCAAAUUUUUUCAGAGAUUUUAGAAACUAAGAAAUUGUUUCAAUUUCUAGACUAAACAGGUUCUUAAAAUAUAGGUUCUUAGGCAAGGGGUUUCACUGUAUAGCACCAUUUUAUCAUUCGCUAAUAAAUAAAUCGUUGUUGUUGUUGAAAACUACUGUUUGCUGCUUGACCGUUCCGGUACGACAGUGAGUUAGAAAGCUACACUAGCCAAUGGUUUGGAUUCUGAGAUAGGUACCUUUUUCUAAAAUCAGACAGAUAUAUAUAUAUAUAUUGGGCUUGUGUACCCUUAACUUUUCAGUAAUGUCACUGUUAUUAAUGCAAAGACUCUGCCAGUAUGCAAUGGAUCAAUAUAUUAUUUUCAAACUGUUUAUUGUUCUCAAAUCGCAUAUCAAAAAGAGCUCUCAGUCAUGGUGAAAAAUUCCAUAAUCUGCCAAAAAAAAUAGCAAAUACUGCUGUUGUUUGGCUGUGAAUCAUUCUAAUGUUGUCAUGAAUCUAAUCAAAGUAAGUGUUUAUUAAGCCAAAUCUGCACAAGAGAAAUGGAAUUAUUUGCUGCAUCAUAGACCUUUUGUUACUUCAUAUCAUGACCCCCUAAAAAUUCUGCAUAAUUUCGGGGUUUUUUCCUUACAUGUACGUGUAUGCUUUUUCAGUCUAUCAUCAGAAAGUUUGUAAAUGAGACACUUAUACCUGGCUUUCAGAGUUUGCCUUGUUGAUUCUUAUCUUUCUGAUGCAAGUAUGCAGAUGUGGCUAAAGGUCAGACAUACAGCUCGAACCCCCUAACCGUAACACCUUCAGUUGCGUCUGCUCCAAUAAAUAUCCCUGUAACUUAUUACAUUACACGAUGCCCUUUAAAAAAACUGGCACAUGUCAAUAAUUUAAUUGUCUACUAAAUGCAUCUGAUUCAGUUUCCUUUUUUCCCAAUGAUACAGAGAUCAGCACACUUGUUUAGCUAUGGUUGUUCUAAUUCUUCAAGGUAAAAUUGGAUCCCAAAUUAGUGUUGCUCUAAACUGUAGUAAUACAGUACUAAUAAUACCUUCUUUACAUUUUAUGUGAUGAAAUUGUUCACCGAGUAGUUUAUAUUCAUUUAUGGGCCUCAAAUGGUGGCAGAACAAAAUUAAUAAUAAAUUGAAAGAAUUAGCAUAACAAGGUUAAGAAUACCAACUGGCACGAGGCAAACCAACACUGGCUAUUUACAAGAAUGGCGAAGGAGUUAAGUUUGGGACUAAUGAGAACAAAUCCAGCCAAUAACGCAACUUGAGAUUAGUUUAUCUCUCAUUGCUUAUACUAAAAAAGCUGUGCAUUCAAGUAGAAAAUCCAUGUUAUGGUGUGGUUACAUGUGAUGCCUUUAGAAAGAAAGGAACUCUUGGGGAAAGGAAACUUAGCCCAAACAAGCCACAGCCCAAAAUAAAGAUUUUUUUUCCCCACCAUUUGAAAUUGUAGUCGACUUUAACUGAAUCCUUUUUUUACUUAAUAAGACUGUGGUUCCCUUGUGUGGAUUCCUAUUCUGAGCUUUGUACAUGGAACAUUGACAUCACUGUUGAUAAAGACAUGAUUGCUGUAAGCUGCGGAGAUCUUGUAGAGACGGUAUGUCUGUUAGUUAUUACAGUCAAGGCAGGUCAAGCGUACCCCCCAAAAUUCUAUUAACGAAUUGAUUAUUUGAAAAAAGAAUCCAUUAGUUGUUGAAUCUGAAAUUUACAUCUACCAGCGGAUUCAACUUAAAUUGAAUAAUAAAUUCAUUAAUGGAAUCUUGGGGGAUUCGCUUGACCUGGCUUGACUGUACAUAAUGAAUUCAGUGUCUUGACUUCUAGUUCCCAUGGAUACUGUAAGACCAUAGUACCUUGGUUACUGGCAAUUGAUUUUGUGGGUCUAUACCCAUAUAGAUGUUGUAGAGACCUCCCUAUCAAAUCACAGAAAAAAGGACUUUAAACAUUCAGUAACAUGUAGACGAAUAUGUAUCAGUUUUGUAAAUGAACAUUAAAAUUUGUUGACUGGAUGGUUUUACAUGUACUCGUAAUUAAGUUCCACUUUGCAUGUUCUGUUGUAAAAUAACAUUAAUUUGCAAAGAUUUCACUUAUGGAGUAGAGAAACUUUAAACAUGUAUUUUGUUUGUUUCAGGUUAUCUAGAAAUUUUAAUAAAGUUCUGACUUUUUUAAAAAAAAUAUAGUCGUGUAAUUUGCCAAUUGAGAGCACAAAAAUAAAAUUCUACAAAAUAUUCAGACAUGGCAAAUUAUAUGUGUAAAUCUUUGAAGAUUUUAGUGUACAUAUUUGCCUUAAGGUAAUCAAUAACUGAUUUGGUUGUCAAUAAUAUACAUGAAAAAAUUUAUUGAAUCUGAUUGGCUGGGAGCAAUGCAGUUUUUAGUAAACAGUGCAAAAAGGAGGAAAUAUUCCAUGCCAAAACAAGGAAAUAAAAUUAAUGCAAAUAUCUCAGAGAAUUGAGUACUGUGAUUGGUUGAUAAAAAAUAUAUAAGAACCAAUCAGUUGCCACAUUCCUCAUUGGUCCCUUUGAGGUUGUGUGUAAGACGGGGUUGGUUUGUGUUGAAUUGCACUUUUGGACUGUUUUGGAAACAAAUUUUGAUCCAGUAACUGUAAAAUUUUUCAUGAGUACAGUAUUAAUUCAGGGUAAUUUUGUUCAAUUUCAAGCUUAUUUACCCGCAUUUGUUUGUUUCUAAAAAAGUUCAAAUAUGAAGGGUGAAUGCAAUUAUUACAUUCACCCUUCAGGCUAAUGCAAUUUUGAUACUUUUUGAAAAACACACUUGUGUGGAGAUAAAUUUAAAAUUGAACUGGAGGUCAUAUGAUUGCCUACACCAAUAUAAUUUUUCUAUACAGGUAUUUACUGCUGAUGAAAAGAGGAAAACUUAUCACUAUACUCUAAGCAUUCCUACAUGUGCUCCUAAUAUUGCCUUAGCCGUUGGGUGAGUAACUUCAUCACAGAGUUAUAAAAGAGGCUGAUGUGUCUUUACAUGUAUCAAAAUUCAAGCAGUUAUUAGGAACUGACACCAAAUUUGGAAACAUAACAUAACCCCUCAAACAACAAAGAAGGUAUAAAUAACAAGGGAAAUACAAAAGAAGGCACAGGUGGAUAAACUUGAAGAAGAUAAAUAUAUGGAAAAUGGAUUGCAAUUGUGGGUUUGAAAACUAAAUAUUAGCCUAACCGUUUUUGAAAGUUCGUUUUUGUUGAUAUUAUGCUCAUAAGGGAUAUUUGCUGGACAAGGAGUUGUAACAUUAAGUUCCAUACUGCAUAUGGACAGGCAAAUAAAAAUAUUGACAAAAUGAAUUACACAGCCAUAACACAUCCCCUUAACAAUUCAAUACUGGCAGUUCUUUCAUUGUCAGUGCUUGUACAAGGUUUGGGUAGAACUGAAGGUUUAAAUUAAAGUAUAACCACAGAACAGGCAAGAAAAUUUGAUUUAAAGCCUACUUAUAUUUUGAUUUGAGUAUCAAAAUAGAAUAACAGUUUUAUGUUUGUAAAUAUAAUAAUAUUUUAAUGCCUUUAUUUGGUACUGGUAACAAUGAUAAUUACACUGUACAUGUAUGUCAACUGCCAUUUUUUCAUCUUUCAAGGACAUACAGCUGAAAACCAAUGCCAACCUGAUAAUCUGGCAAUAUUCUUAUUAAGUUCAUCAUUUGUAAUUUACUAAGAAAUAAUUAUGAUGUGUAAUGUAGCUAACAUUUAUUCCUCUUACACAGACCAUUUGAGAUUCACGUAGACCCUGUGAUGCCCGAAGUAACACACUUCUGUCUGCCUGGACUUCUUCCAGUUCUAAAGAAUACUACCGCAUUUCUUCAUGAGGCAUUUGAGUUUUACGAAGAAUAUCUCAGCUGCCGCUAUCCAUAUACCUACUACAAGCAAGUAUUUGUUGACCAAGCUUAUGACGUCCUGUCACCAUAUGCAUCCAUGACAAUUUUUAAGUAAGUCUGAUGUCAGUACAGAGGUUAUGUCUCUUUUUCUUUUCUUUUUUUUUAUUUUUUAGUUGUGAAUUGUCUACUUGCAUAUGAUGCUCUACAAUGAAUUUUUCCUUUUUGAUCUUUGCAGUUCAAUGUUCACUUAUUGUGUCUGUAUAUGUGGUUUUGUUGAUGAGUGCAUGGUUGUAAUAUUUAUUUUAUUCCAGUACAAGCCUACUUCACUCUUCAAGGAUCAUUGACCAGGGGUUUGAGACCAGGAAAUAUUUAUCCCAAGCAUUGGCAGAGCAGUUUUUUGGAUGUUACCUCUGUCUACAGACAUGGUAUCUUGUUACUUACAGAUAAUGUAGGGAUUGCAUGCUAAAGUAUACUGUUCUUCAGGUGUGGAUUAAAUAAUUGCUUGUCUGAUGUACAUGUAAUCAUGUAUAAUUAGGGUGAUUAGUAGGCAGGCAAAUCAAGCAGCUAGGAUGUUCUUUUGCUUGUAUUUUCCUUUGGUUUCAUUUGAGGCUAUAGGUGGGGUCAUACUCACCUCAUACUUGGUGCAGGGAAAUUCCUGGCCCAUGGUCCUUAGUGACAGGCUGUAAUUGGUCAGCUAGGGUUAAAGUGCUGAAAGUGGUGGGUUAGGUUACAAGACAAUUGUCAAGGUUUUUCAAAACUUCUUAGAAUUAUAUCAGCUCUCUUUGACAGCAGGCAAUGGCAACAGAUUUUCUUGUGUAGUGGAAUAGCUCGUUGUUGUGGUGUUUCUGUGAAGUGAUCUGAUAUUAGGACUGUCAAUAUUACUUUUGUAAACAGGUCAGAUUACUGGUUAGCAAGAGGAAUAUCAGGAUACAUGUUUGGUUUAUUCAUGAAAAAAAUGCUCGGUAACAAUGAGUACAGGAACUGGAUGAUCGAGGUCAGUAUUCAAUGAAGCUCACUGUGACUUUAGUGACAAAAACACUUCUUAUGCAAGAACAUGUGACAGUCCACUUCAGCAGUUUAUGAACAUUGUACCGACUUUGAGAAUCAAAUCAGACCACCUUAAGUAAAAACGUUGGGUUAAGGGGGUGCUGCUAAGCAAGAAACUACUGUAGUGUAGGCCCAACAUUCAACAUUGAACAGGGAUGGAGGCCUUUAUUUAAGACCUGUAUGUGGUGCUUUGGAAUGGUUACGUGAUAGAUGGUCACCCAAGACCAUUAAAUGGCUAAGAUAGACACUGUAAUAAAGAACUUAAGCAAAGAUGUUUUUGAGCAACACAGGUGAGCUUGAAGUAGACUGUUUUCAUGCUUGGACAUUUUUUUAGCUAAGUCGAAAAGACACUUAGCAAAACAAAUUUGGUAGCGCCAAGUUAAAAGGGAAAGCUUUACUUUGGGUUAACAUACAUCGCUCAAACUCGUUUUUGCCCAAGCUUUUUAAUGUCAAAAUGUUUUCCUCUUCAAAAAUUUGGUUUAUCAACGACGAUAGCCUGUGUCACAGACGAAACUAAACCUCUGGAUAAGUCCGUCUAUGAGCCAGCGCCCAAAUCCUUGUUCUGGGCCCCGCCUUUGUACCAGGAUUUGCGUACGAUAUAAUUAAUCUUUUAUUGACCAUGUUUAUUCGGUCAAGAAGGCUGGACAUUGGCCUCGUUCUUUUCUGCGUUUUUAUUGACCUCGAAUAAAGAGGAGAAGUGUGACGUCAUGUUACCAUGGUAGCAAAAUUUCUGGAUCACAAUAAUGGGGAGCUCAAGCAACAACGACGGCGAGGGCAGCGAGAACGGCAAAAAAGGUAUUGGGUUAUAUUAGCAAAACAAUAACUUUGCAGGUGCAUCACACUUUUUUGUACUUUCUUAGACGUCGUUAAAAGUCUGCGGCAUGAAACUUUCUAAUUUCACGUGCCCGCUUUAUGGAGUUGGUGAAAACAGUACAAGAAUUUUCUUUUUCUUCUCCGUAAGUCAGAUACGGUCCUUUCGGAUUCUACCUCAGACAAUUUCGCCAAGAUGUUACAAAUUAAAUGAAAUUGAAUAAGAUCGAUGACGUUUGAAACAGUGCGAAUUCACUUUUUAAGUGACGUUUUCGCUUUGUUGUCAUCACAGGUAGCCCAAGCUCGAAAUAUGAGCAUCUUUUACGUAACAUUGUUUGUAUGGGGAAAAAAAACAUCCAACCUACGAAAAUUUUCAAUAAAAACAGCUACCGUGACAAGGUUGUCAUCCAGAAAUUUUACUACCCUGACAACGUGACGUAACGGCUGUUCUCUAUUUGUGUUGGUUCAUCAUUAACGCAUAUUUGCCAUCUUUAGGAGUCCAAACAAGUUUGCCAGUAUGAAAUGCAAGGUCCCGGCAUCCCACAGCUCUACAACUCUGGCUUGUUGUCCAUGGCAACUGGCUCCUCUUCAAGCCAGGCACCAGAGUCCCCUUCUCAAGCGAGCCCUAAUUUGCAUCCUCAUUUGACCUCAGGAAGGAACCUAGAGAUAGUGUGGAGUAAAUCACAUCUUGUUAUGCGAAUGAUUGAAAUGCGCAUUGGACAGGAACCUUUACUACAGGUAGGUGAGGUUUCUUGGCCGAAUUUUAGGAGAAUAGGAAAUCAUAAUAUGAAAAAAAUGCUAUCAACAGUUGGGAAAUUCACAGCCUCUUGUCCUUCGUUGAGUGUGUUGUACUCUUCACAGACUAUCUUAAGGCUACUAGCGAGCUUUAGCAACUGCAGCGAAAACGUCACACAAACAGUGAAUUCGUGCUGCUUCAAACUUCUUCACGCUUAUUCCAUCUCGUUGAAUAUGUCAAAUGUUAGCGAAUUUUUCUGGAGUUGAAUUUUAAAAGACUGUAUCUAAGUUCAGAAAAAAGAAAAACCAAAUCUUUUUCUCGUGUUCACGUCAUUUUAAAAUCGUGAGAUUAGGAAAUUUAACCUCGCCAUUAUCGUUUUUUAAAAUUCCCUUGCAGGUAUUUAAUAAACUGUUGUCACUUGCAAACAGUGCAGCACAGCCAAAAGCAGACUUCAGUCUCUGGACCAACUUACUUCUCUCGACAAGUGGGGUAAGACAUUGCGUUCAAUUUGAAGUAUUACUGUUAGCUUUUUAAAGCUCAUUUCUUAAAUUUCCAUUGUCUUAUCUACUUGAUAUGCUAUUUUGUUUUGAUAACAGUUUUUGAAGUCCAUUUCCACGGUUUCCGGCAAGGAUAUCAAUGUGUUUGUUGAUCAGUGGAUGUAUCCUUUUACGUAUAGUGGCAAAGAGUGAUUAUGAUAAUACACUGACUUAGUUUGGCUACAUGUAGAAGGUUCCCAAUGUGACUACUGAUGACAACAAUUUUUAUGUAACAUUCAGUAACAGGUUUAGUAAUGCCGUCGAUGAAAGAACAACAGCUCGCGUCCUCUUCGCAUUGUUUAUAAGGGACCUUAAAAUCCGAGGACGGCGACGGCAGCGAAAAAGUCGCUGAGAAAGUGAAUUUGCGUUCUUUCAAUCUUCACCGCGAUUACUCCAAGGUACUAACUUUGUCAAAUGUAUAGGUCAACCCUCCUGAAGUUGAAUUCCCAAGGACCGUAUCCAGAUUCAGAGAGAGAGAGAGGAAAUUUCGUCGUCGCUUGUGUACUUCCCCUGUAAAACUUGGAAUUAGGCAUUUUCACGUCGUAGUCGUUCAGCGACGGCAAAGAAAUGUACAAAAAAGCGUGAUGUACGUGGAAAAUUGUUAUUUUGGUUAUUAAACCUAUUGCUCUUUUGACGUCCUCGUUGCCGUCGCCGUCGUCGGAUCUUAAGGUCCCUACUAACCGUAAGCUCGGACGUCAGCUCACUGAACAGCACCCUGCGAGCAAGGUCUCCCUUUCAAGACCAACGAUGGGAGCCUCGAGAGAUUGUGAAGGCAAGAGGCAAAGCUGUAAGGGGUGUAGUUAAGGCCCUCGCUCUCGCUCUCGCGCUCGCUUUUCCUUUAACUUGCCGUUCGCGUGCCACUUCUCGUGAUAUGCUUGUCACCAGGCCCGGGUUGCUCGAAGCAUGGUUAGUGCUAACCAGCGUUAAAUACCAUGGAAACCUAUACAUUUUGAUACCUGUUAACCAACGGUUAGCGCUAACCAGGCUUCGAGCAACCGGCCCCAGGGUAGCUCCCGCAGAACAGACCGGCGCUCUUGCAACUGAGCCCCUUCUGCUGAGAUUACUGGGCGCCGCAGCGGUGAUGACCAACAUGUGGAAGAUUCAUCUGUAAGAUGAACGUGAAAUGAUUACCGGAUGUAAAAAGGUAAUCAAUUAAUUCAAAAAAAAUAAUAGACUAUUGUUCCUUAACCUUGUCGUAGUUGUCACAGUGGUGUGGCCAAAUUCCAUGGGAGUUUUGUUUUCAACAGAAAGCGUAACAUUGUUGAACUUGAAAUAAAGCAGGACAUGUCUCGUGGGACAGCUAAAUAUGUGGUAAGAGCACAUGCCCAAGCUUGGUUAAUAAAAUACUGCAUCCUUAGAAAACCUAGUACAAGAAUCGAUUUGUAGAAUUUGUAUGGGAAAAUUCACUGUCGCUUUUCAAACGAUCUAAUAAUAAUAGUUAUUUAUUUCAUUCACUUCAACCUGUUGUAGUCGUUGAAUUUUGAAGUGGCCGCUUGCGCCGAUAAAGGAAUUAAAGCUUGAAGCGUUCUACCGACUGAUCACUCUCUUUUACCAAUACACUACUACACCAAACUACCAAAUAAACUGUCUUUCAUAACUGACACGUUUACAAUAUUCAUUGAAGGCUAACAUAGCCGUUGCCAAACUUUUAACGUAAAUCCAACCACGGCUUCAACUUCGUUGUUUAUAACAGGAAGGAUUAUUACAUUGUGGUUAGUGCGCGACCUUCUGUAAGGGAGGUUCCGUGUUCGAUUCCCAGUUGUGACCUCAAAUCCUUUCGAUGUGCUCUUCUUUCCAUUCCGUGUAGCUUUAAGUAGCUUUAAAUGCCCGCAAAACAGAGCAUCGAUGGAAAGAGGGUGUAAAAUGACAUGAAAAUGAGCUCACCGUCUGCCUUAGGUUUGUUAGGGCCUGUUUACAUAAAGUUGGGGGACCCCAGAUAGGUGAGGUAACAUGUGGCGGGUCACCCCACCUAUCAUGUAAACGUAAUCAAAUUAAAAUGAGAGAUAAUAUGGACAGGCGGGUUACCCCACCUAAGCGGGCUACCUCACCUACCUGGGGUCCCCCAACUCCAAGUAAACAGACCCUUAGUCAAAUGACUAUUCUGAGCUGCUGACGUAAAAGAAUGACUCUUUACCUUCUUUACCUUGGCCUUUAAAGACUAUUUUGAAAUGUACUUUGCCUUUAUGCACACCCCGCGCGCGCCUCAACCUAAUCCCCAAUCUUCUCUCAUCCCAAAAAACACUUAAAUAGCGACUGGGUACGAGUCUGGCCUUUAUGUAUUACAUACUCCAUUACUGAAAAAUUGGUUACUAAUGAUGGUAUCACUUGUGUUCGAGAGAUAUAGGUCUCACUGAUUAUACCUACAUGGGUGGCUAACUGCAUAAUGUUUACUUACACUGAGUGCUUACUGCAUAAUGUUUUACUUAAUCUGCUUUCAGGGUCCCUUAACAGUCUGUGUACAGGAGCUGGAUGGAUCGUUUAAUCACACCGUGCAGAUUGAAGAUGUCUACAGCCGCCAUGAGCUUCCCUGUCAUUCCAAGAGUCGUAGGUUAGUUAGCAAUAUAAUGUAGUUUCAUACUUGAUGAAUAAGGGUGGAUUCACCUGCAGCAUUCGCGUGUAACCAUUGCAUUUACUCACUGGAAUUUCUUUUUGUUUUUAAGCCUAACAACAGUGGUAAGGUAUCAGGGAAUUGCCAAGGAGCAGUAGGCCAUUUUCACGACGACGUCAUUUGACUACAACUACCAGAAUUCAUCUCGUUGUAGGCUCGAUUUCCGCCGUGUCCCGGGUCCGAUCUUUGAUCUUCCCGAAGAGCUCCCCGAAACUCUUUCGGGGGAUGAGUGCGGGCUCAUUUUCCCGAACAGCGACUGGUAAUCGAGCCUAAUCUCGUUGUUGCUUUGUUAUUUAAGUUUGUCAAUCCCCCUGAGUUGAAAUAACGAUAGUCCCAAUAGCCAACAAGCGAUAUAUUAAAAUUCUAACAUGACUCUGAGGCUUUAAGUCUCCGUCUCCGUUGUCUCACAAUUCCCAGAAGAGACUUGAGCACAAAGAAAACCAAACCAAAUAUAGAAAAAUGACCAGAAAGGUGGGCUUUUUGUACAAGAAAACAGCAAACUGAAGAGUUCUUGUAGUUAUGGUAAAAUGACGUCAUCGCGUGCAAUUGACCUAUUGCGACAGCUACGCGCGCAUGUUGCAUGUGAAUAGACGAAUUCCGAUAUAAAAAAAUUGAUACUUGGCUGCGAGGCGUGGGGGAAUAAAACAAGGAAAUCAUCUUGAGGCUCAAUAAUGAGUAAUACAUUUCUUUUGUUUUAUUCCCCCUAGCCUCAGAGCCAAGUAUUAAUUUUAAUAUAUCGAAAAUAGUCUAUUCACCCUAUACUCUUAAUUAUUAUCUUGCCCAGUCUUAAACUGCUAAUUGCUAAUUUUGUGAUCGUGUAGCUGAUUGAUCAUAAAGCGAUCGAUUGGGCGUGACAAUGUGUCAUUUUUAUUUUUUCAAUAAAUGGUGGCCUAAAUCAAACGAUGUUUGUUUCUCGAAUUUUAAAAGGAAUAAGAAAAAGAAGAUUCCUCUAAUGACGGGAGAAGAAGUGGAUAUUAACCUUGAUGCAAUGGAGUAAGUACCAACUACAUUCGCCUUAUUAAAACAAAACAGACCAGCCAAACAGAACUCGGCGGUGUAGCGAGUACGUUGAAAAGCGCGGGAAACUGUUAAUCGGAACUUAUUUAAUACAGCUCAGAUGUCUUGUUUUUUUAAUCCCUAUAUAGAAAUGUUGAUUUUCAUAUUUCAAAACAAUAAAAUUGUUCCACAAUAGCACGUCUCAAGUGUCCUGCGAACAGGUUAAUGGAAUCUGAAAGGAAGUGUUUUCAUAUCGAAAGGUUCCAACUCUCACAGGAUCGGUUUGGGUUGACGUCAUGUGAAAACGCUCUUCUUAUUUGUAUAAAGGACACUACGAACGGUAGACUAUAAACUGGCUUUGGUCUCGCCGGGAAAAGGCCAACUUAUGAAUCCAAUAUUUGGGGAUUAACUUCAAAACACUAAUCAAUUAUAUUUUGAUGUUGCCACAGCUCUGAUUCGCCAGUCUUGUGGGUUCGUAUUGAUCCUGAAGUGACAUGGCUUCGGCAUGUAACCUUUGAACAGCCUGACUACAUGUGGCAGUACCAACUUAGACACGAAAGAGAUGUUAUUGCACAGUGCGAGGUACAAUAAUUUACUGAACCAUUGUUAAUAGUCUCGGCUCUUGCCGGGAUAAAAACAUACGUGAGAUCCACGGUUCUAUCAUCCUCAGCCCUCUUGUACGCGUACAGUAUAGAGAGAUACCCAUUGACUGCGAAAGAUUAAUCGACGUUUUUCCCUCAAAAAAGCCAAGAAGCUGCAAGAAGACUUAUGUGGACCCACAGUGUAAACUGCUGGGUUUACCAGUAAUUUUGACAGCCAAUUACAGCUUUAUUUAUUCAUUUAAUUGACACCGACGCGUGGAUUUUCUUCCUAGAUCUGCUAAUGUUGAUUAUGGCAUUCUAUUUCGGAAAAUGUUCUAUAAAAAAUGUGCACUUGAACAGGGUCGAGUCAACGAUAAAUUUUGAAAGUUAUUAUUAACGUCAGACUUUGGCAAAAAAGUUGAUAUCAGGAAAAUUGAUGUUUUGAAUCAUUUUAAACACAACUAUUUUGUGAAGUCUUGUAUCGAUGCACUAAAUAUUUAUUUUGUUCUUUAGAUGUCCGGAUUGUAUUUUAAUUAUUAUAGCUAUUGUUAACAGUCCUCAUUAGGGCAGUGCUGUUAGUUUUUUUUAUAUGUGGUCAAAAGAACGUUUGUAAUAGCAACGAACUCUGGCCGGAGACACGUGAUAUGACAUUACAGAGCGAGUGGGUAUUUUCCCAGCAGAGCAAUUCUGUGACUUCCUGGGCGUAAACGAAAAAAAAAGGCUUGGUUACGCCCCUGAUCGCUAAACUAAACAAACUAAGAAACUUGUUUCUUGAUAUCAUAGGCUAUUGCUGCACUGGAGAAAUUUCCCACUCAGGCCACCAGACAGGCUCUAAUAGACAUCAUCAACCAAAAUGAGUGUUUCUUCAGAGUAAGGCUCCAGGCGUGUUUUUGCCUUGCUAAGGUGAGUGUGUCAGUAAUGAAAAAAGAAAAUGAGUUAACCUGGAAACAACAAAAUUAAUGUUAAGACUGUAAUGAUUUAGACUAAGAAGGAAACCGAUGGCUGGUCUGGUAUCGGCUUAAAAAGGCGUUUUUAAAAAAUACCAUAAUACUCUUUGUUUUUCCUCUAAAACUUUGCAUAAGCAUUGCCUACAAUUUCUCUCAGUGCGGAAUUACAAUUGCACGAAGAGAAGCUGAAAGCAAUGCGUAUACCAAAUGUUGAAGCGAAAACAGAGAGUUUAGAGUUUUAUGGUACUUUUGAAUAAGGCCUGUAGACAAAUUCCACAGAUUUGUUACCCUACGAGUAGAGUUCAUUUUCUCUCCUUAAAAUCUUGAUCGGGUGAGUGAGAAAAACGUGCGCCACGAAACGAGUGUAUUCUCUAAUCUGUUACGCAUGCGCAAGGAUUAAAUCCACGUGCUGUAGCUCUGAUUGGUUGAAUGAUUCCCCGCCUGCCAGUAAAACAGCACGACCAAGUCAAUAUAUUCAUUAUUGUCUCGGUCUGGCCCCGGUUGCUCAAACGUUGGAUAGUGCUAUCCGCCAGAUAAAUCACUGUCCAGAGAAACUGUUUGUUAUCCAUUGGAUAGAGAUUUACUCAGUGGAUAGCGUUAUCCACCUUACGAACAACUGGGGCCUGUUGUGCGAAGUUUAUUGCGUUAUUGUGUAAGGGCUAGGGAUCAUUGUUGUGUUCUUUAUGGCAUAACUCGAGACUUGCUAUUCACCUGGUACAUCGUGCACCAGCCCCUAGACUACAGAAUUGUCAACUGAAUUUCGUUUAGCUUAAAAAAUUUACCUCCUAAACUUUCCCUGAUACAUGUAUUCUAUUGCUGGUUUGCUCGUGACGUCACGGCGGCCAUGUUGGAGGUCAAGAACAAAAGCCUCUUUCUUUUUGGGAACUAAAGUCCAUUUUCAUGUAAAUUCUUCAAGAAAAAUUCUAUUGUAUUGACCACCAACAUGGCCCCCUUGUCACGUGGUUGCAAACCAAGAAUUCCAGCAAAUUAUGUAGUUGUCUAAAAUAUUUGUAAUUGCAUUUGAUAUUUUUUAUGUUCUGUACAAUUGACACAGAUUGCUACAGCUUGUGCGUCCAGCUGGAACGGUCACACAACCAUGAUCGGUAUUUUCCGAAAUAUGUUUGGAUCACAGUCCUGUCCACACAUCGUCAAGUACAACGACUUCUCAAACUUCAUCACCUACUUUAUACAAAAGGUUUGUUUAACAGGGGCGUAGAAAAGAUGAGACGUGUUAAAAGUUACUUUCAGUUUUGAUGAAGACAUUGCUGAAAUGAUUUAAUUAUACCAAACCCAUGCGCAAGAGGUGAGCCCCAUGCACCGUAAGACGCAAAAGAUACAAAUAUUGACAUUAGGGCCAUUUAUACGAGGAAAAAUAAGACGCGUCUUAAAUAAGACGCGAGCUGUACCAUUUAUACUAGCAUGCCUUAUCUAAGACGAGAACGGCUCGUAUUAAUGGUUUGCGUCUUAUUUCUGUUCUUGACUCGUUUUCAUGUGAAUGUUGCCCGUAGCAACGGCAAUCCAACGUCGCGCACCAAAAAUUAACGCAUGCGUACUAUGCGUUCGCGUCUUAUGGAAGACGCGAAGGUCAUUUAUACGAAGUUUUUCUCGUCUUAGCAAAGACGCGUCUUAUCCAAGAACAGGUGUUAAGGUCUUAUUUGUCCUCGUAUAAAUGGCCCUACUGUUGGUGGUGCUGGUGUCGGUAAUAUUGAUGGUCAUACAUAGACACUGAUAUAUUUAGAUCUUGAAACUAUGCCGAGGUCUUCCCCUUUUAAAAAAUUAUCAAGUAAAAAUUCUUGCAUUUGGUUGAUCCACACUUUGUUAAUAAAUCAUAUUUUGUCCACGUAGACACUGCCUGUUGCUAUCGCCACUGUUAGAAAUGUGCAUUCUCAGUGCCCACGCGAAGUGCUACAGUUCAUCUUGGAUUUAAUCAAAUACAAUGACAACAGGCUUAAUAAGGUAUUGUUUAUAAAUAUGCUGUAUUCAAUCCCCACCCCCCGCGCAACCCAUGCCCAGCGACCUUUGUUAGAAAUAAUAACAUUGUUCAAAACUAAACAACUACAUUUGGCAAAGAAGUUUGCACUGCUAAGCGUAGUUGUCCCCUUUCCAGCUACAAACUAGAAAGAGAACUAAAGCAAAUGUGGAUAAUUAGUUCUUUUUCUGUUUUUUUUUUUUUUUCAAUACCUGGCUCAACGAACUCCACAAAAUUUCCUAAAGCUACACCCACGAAGAACGUUGAAAUGAACCCACGAUUUCAUUUGAACUAUAGACAAAGAAUCAUACACUGAACGGGAAGAAAAAAGAACGUCGCGGCCAUUAUGGUUGAUUGCAACGUCAAUUAACUACUCUCAUAACCUUUUAGUACACAGACAGUCAUUAUCGAAGCGCUCUCAUUGACGCACUAGCCAAUACUGUCACACCUGGUGUUUCCAUGGUAACAACUAACAGGUAUGUAUUGGCUCAAUGUUGGCUGAAUCGUUAUCAUUGUCACCAGUAUUUAUCAUUUUGAGGUCGAGUGGGAGACUGGGUCGGUAUUGUGUCUAAAUGCACUAUGGGGCUGUUUUACAUUUGUUAUAACAAAUCAGUUUGUCCGGGAAACUGGGUCAAGCCUCUGUUUCAAAGCGACGCGCUAAGUGCGAAAUAUGAUUUUCUAUUUUUGUGCAAGUAAAACUCAUUUCCCCAAGAAAGGUUUUGCACUUAGACUCGUUUUGAAAGUGAGAGUUUUUGGAACUCGAAAAUGGUCUAUUCGUCCCACAGUCUAAAGUCUAAAAGUGUAGUUUUAACACAACACCGACGCAACCUUUGUACAUUCUUCAUGAGUUCGUCCACGCAAUUCUCAAGAUUCAACAUUGACUCUUAUCCUCACGCAGGGGCGGAUCCAGGAUUUUUUUAGGAGGGGGUGCACUCGUCUCUUGCUCUACUUCAACGCCAAUAAACCACAUAGGUUUUUUUUUUUGCACAAUACCAGUUGUAUUAGAAAACCGUAGGUCAUCUUGGGGGGGGGGGGAAGCGCACCCCAUGCACCCUCCCCCUAGAUCCGCCCCUGUCACGUCUCAAUAUACUAACUUACAAUGUCUGUUUAUUAUCAGUGAAGGCAAACCAGUGGUCAAAUUAACAGAGGAAACUCAGCUCAUCUUAGGUGAAGUUACUCGGCAGCUGAACUUAGAGAAGCUACUUCCUACCUACAGAUAUGUUCUGUCUGUAAGGUGAGUUUGGAUCUGAGCCUUCCAUCUACGGCGCGGCCAUCAGCUUUUAAAAAAAUUUUUAAAAUUCUUGGUCAAAAUGUCCCUUUGAUGGUCGUCUUUUACACUGUGUCAACUUCUAAACCAUCGGACCAAGUCUGAUAGCGAGCUCCGGGCAUUAAGGUAUGGGACGAUUUGUGACGACGAUUGAUUGAUUGAUUGAUUGGUUGAUUAAUACAGUAGUUACAUAAGUUACACAACUUCUUACGUGAAAGCCGUAUUGAAAUAGAGGUGAAUACUGUAAAUACCUUAGAAAUCACUAAGUACAGACUAUAAAAUCUAGUCAACAGCUUGCUUGCCUACGGGCCAGUUUUCUUUUAAAAAUAGCUUUGGAUACGGAUGCCUUUCAGGGUUAUAUCUAGAGUAUUUGAGGGGUAGAAGCUUUCCCCCCAAUAUGCUCAGCUCCCCCAAAUAUAUUGUUAUCAUCACAGUAUAUAAGUAACCAUACUGGAAAAAUCUUCUAGACGCGAGGAGGUCAGUGGACAUGAAGUAAGUAUUCCCUGUCGAAGGACACCACUAUAUGACAGGAAACAUGAUCACGACUAAAAAAACAAUUAAAAUACCACUGUAACAUUUCUGAAAAUUGUGUCUCAAAAUGCAGCAGGUUGCAUCUCAGCGCAUAUUCAUUUCAAAACAUUUCCGGGGGGGGCAUGCCCCCGGAUCCGUUAAGGAAGUUCGCGGCCACUCGGGACUUCUCCCCCAAGCGAUAAAUCCCAGAUAGAACCCUGCCUUUAUUUCGGUUGGUAAUGAAUUCCACAGCAUUCCUCCUCUAUAUGAGAACGAACCUUCAUAAUGUUCUGUUUUUGGAACAUGAUCAGUGCAAGAUUAUAUUCUGUGUUUCUUAGCUUACACUUAUAAGGUUGUUCUCACAUGCAUUUGAGAAAAGAUCCCUUAAGUAACUAGGCACAUUCCGAUUGACUGUAUCAUACAUCAAUACGCCUAAACGCCUUUGCCAUAUUGAAGCAAGCUCUUCCAGUCUAAUUGUUUUCCAUUUCUGCUAAACGCACGUCGUAACCUUAGAAAGCUAUAAUGCGUGCACGAUUUUGCAAUUUCUGGAGUUACGAACCGCCCCGCGUGAUGUUACGGUCUUUAAAAUUCUCUACGGAGAGGUGCUACUACGGCGACAUGAGGACAAAAUUACUUCCGGUGACGUCACAACCCGAGUUGUAGUACGGCUUUCCACCGGACGUGAUUUUGACGACAGCGAAUCAAGUCCCUAUUUUCUUUACUUUCCUGUGGUGCUUUUAGCACGCUACAGGCACUGUGUGAUUUUAUAUUAGGUCCAAUUAUAUCGCGAACCACAUCAAAGUUUUAACUUAAAAAAGAGCGGCGCUAAAUUCGGCCUGAUUCCAGACUAAUAAAGGCCAAGCAGCCCAGGAUUGGAUCGUUCACCAUUUGUUAUUAAAAAAGGAAAUCAAGAAAAAUGGCAGGCUCGAUUUCAGCCGAUCUCUCAGGUCCGGUCCCUCGGGUUCGGUCUUGAGUGGGCUCAUUUCUGGAACAGCGACUGGUAAUGGAGCCUAUAAAAAUGAUCAUUUCGGUUUUACUUGUCUUUAGCAAAAAAACAAACUCGUCCAAACGUGCGCUUAUUAAAUAAUUGUUGAAUACCUGGUACUGCUAGGACCUAACCCUGUCUUCUUCCUUUUGACUAAGAGAAGCCAUUGUAAUAUUUUCAGUUGUCUGAAGGCUCUAAGAGUGUUACAAGUAAACAGUCACGUGCCUCCUGACCCUGCUGCUUUCGAGUACUAUGCCAGGUGAGUACUAACUUCUGAGCAGUUAUCUGAUUUAAUAAACGUAUUUAGUUGGCACUUUCGUGUUCGUACAUACAAUGUCCGUGGUAACGAGACUGGCUUGUCUCUGUCGCGGCCCUAUCCUUCUUUGCUCUUACGCAGCGCGCGUGGUGACUUUACAAGAUGUAUUACCAAACGCUCACAACGUUAGUUUUGGUUGCUUGUGCAAAGUUAUAUUGAAAACUUGGUGAUGGCGCUUUCUCUUCUCCGUCGUUUUCAUUAACGAUACCUGGCAAGUAGGAUAGGGCGCACUGAAUUAUCCGUUUUUGCGUGGAAACUUCUUUUACAUACGGGGGAAUACAUUAACUUUGAUGACGUCAUUGCCUUUUGUCUCUAUCUCGUGAAUAAAAUGCAGGGGAAUCUGGUUAAGAUAAGGUCAUGUGUUAUUUUUAGGUGGACUAACCGGUUGGACAGUUUUUCUUGUUAUUUCUUGGUCAACAAUAAAACAAAUACUUUAAGUGGAAUAUAACAAAUCAUGGUUAAGAAUACCAACUGGUAGGAGGCGAACCAGUUGGCCAUUUUGCAAGUGUGGCGGAGGAUUUGAACGCGGGGCUACCGAGAACAAAUCCAGCUGGCGGUCAGGACGGGACUUGAACUUGGGGCCUGAAAAGUAAAAGUCCCGUUUUUUAACAGCUCGGCCACGCUGUCUCCGCUGACUGCCCAACUCGACAAAACUUCUUAUUUAGUUCAAUUUCCACCACUAUAAAAGCAUUUUAAGGAAGCUCAUGUUAGCGGCAUGGUGUCUUUCAACGACUGUCGAGGGAAAACGAAGCCUAGUCCAAAGAAUUUUUUGUGAUGAAAGAAUUAGUUGAACAACCCUUGUUUGAUGGAUGAUCGGUUUUUUGCAAGUUAUUUAUUCUAUUUAUAGAAACUAAUUGAUUUUUCAUUUUAGCUUUGGUCACUUUGAAGAUGUACGUCUCGCAGCCAUUGAUUGCCUUGUUGACCUCACCAAAAGUAAGUGUUGGAAUAUUAAGCUUUUAUUUCUGUUUUUAUGUCGAAUGCUUGUGUUUAUUUGUGUAUAGACACUGGUUUCUUGACGUUGUUGAUGGGAAAAAUUACUCCUUAUUGAACUCCGAUUGAUUGUUUAAAUUGUUUUAUACAUAUUCGACUGGUUGAAACAUUGAAACCAGUUACAAGUGAAUAUAUGGGUUUUUCACCAUGUACAAAACGUUUCCGGAAAAUCUGGUGGCAAAAUAAAUAGAACACGACUUUUCAGGUCUUUUGAGUAGAAAAUUUCCUGGAGCAUCGGAACGGCGGAAACGUUAGUCCUGUUUUUCCGGUCAGAAUUUUCCAAAUAGAAAUUCGGGAUGUUCGCCACUUACAAAAAGUUUCCGGAAAAUACGGUUAGAAAGUUAAUGGAACACGACUUUUCGGUUCGUUUCAGCCGAACAUCAAAGCCAUCUUUGAGACAAGUUUCAAGCUUUCGUAGCCGUUUUUCGGUGAAUGGAACCGAUUUGUGCAAAUGGUACACGCGAUUCGGGGACGCCGAAAUUUACCAGUCUUGAAUUUUGCGUACUGUUUGCCCAUACCGUGAAACGACCGGUUUUCCCACGUAUUACAUGGUAAACAACCAUGUUCUUAUUUGUUUUCAGCUGAAAACCUUGAGCGAGGAAUGAACUACUUGAUGGGAUUAAUUGAAAAUGACCCUGUCCCUUUUAUCAGGCAAGUUACUUUAGUCUAAACUUCUCCAUUUUCACCUUAUAAACGAUUUUUAUGAACUAGGCUUAACUUUAUAUAGAGAAUGAAGCGGUUGUUGAGGGUCAAGAAGUAAAAAAAAUGAACCAAUGAGAACUCGAAGUGAAGAUUUGUAUCCGAUGCUAAGCGCGGGAAAAAUGAUGUGAUCAAGUCACGCUUGGUUUAAGUCUCAAUUUUAAUUGGUUGAGAAAAAUGACGCGAGAUUUUUCAGCUAAUCACAGAGCGAACAAUGCUAUGAAAACAUGGGCGCUUUUUAUUCAACCAAAAUCAUUUUCCAAACUUGAAGUUUCCAAAAAAGGGGACAACUUCGCGAGGUAUACCCAAAUUUUCGAAUUUUUUUUUCCCGGCAGUUUUCUUUCCAUUCAACUUUGUUCCCGGAAUUUCUAGAAUUUUCGGUGGAAUGGUUGGCAUUUCGGAAAUUUAACAGCUUUCGGAAUUUCUGGAAACUUUUCCGGGAAUUUUCUGUACCAUUUGCCACUGUUUUCAAAUUUUCGAAAGUUUUGGUUGGAUGUAAAGCACUGCAUAUGAAGGAAAUAAAUGCGUAGGUAAAGCUCAAAAUUAUUUGUCUUUGCAGGCAUUAUACACUGUGUUCAGUAACAAAAAAUCCUCCAUUCUCAAAGAAGGCCGAAUCCCGUCUAAACAGCUUAGAUCUAGUGGAGUGCUUAUGGAAGUUAAUCAAGUAAGUUGUCAUGUGUCUCAUUUACUUUACUUGGAUGUGUUACCUUUUCUCAACAGAUUUACGAAAGUUAAAUGCGGUCAUGAAGAAAGAUUUUAAAAAAAGUUGUAAUUUCGGGCACCUUCGCUUUACUAGAAAGGACUGAAUUUAACUCUCUUAAUUUAGUUCUCAAACAAGUUUUCUUGUUGCAUUGCCACAAGCCCUUUAAUCGAGAGCUAUACCCUUGUUACGCUUUUUUCGACUGUUUGGUUAAAUACACUUUGAAGACGUAACGGGGUCUCGGAGGGUAUCGGAGUGGGAGAACGAAUUAAGGCGCACGAGAGACUCGCGCCCAGGGCGGAUAAAUUUAUCCGCCCUGCUCGCGCCUGUGGGGUGCCACGCUGUCUGUUCUAUGUAAUGUGGUUAAAGGUUUAGGGCUACGAACAGCGAUAAGCUUGUUUAUUUUCUAUAAUAUCUUUUGUUAUUCUAGUUCCAGCUCCUCUGUUGACGCUCGUUUGAGACGAGAUGGAGUGGAGUUGUAUAAUGCUUUAUGGGGUCGCCUCACUCCCAGCUGUGUUCCUCCGCAAGGAGUAAGUGUGUGUUUUCCACUCUGUCUGAGAACCAGGUGGCAAAGUGCGAAGUAUGAUCAUAUUUUCAACAUCACCAUGAACAGCAGGACAAACCUAGGAUUCAAAACAAUUUUCGUUGGCUUGUUUUGAUUUAUUGUUUAAUCCUAACUUUAAGCCAGUUUUAAGCCGGCAUUGUUCGGGCGAUAUCAGCUUCGGCUUACUUUAAAAAUAUGUGGAGAAAAUCCUGUGUGAGCGUUACGUAGCAGGCUCUUCGGUAGCUCAAGUAUUUUGCAAACGUAAUUAACGUUGGAAUGUUGAAUCUUUAUUUCGCUCAUUCUCGGACACUAACGGCGUAGCUGUAAGACGGGUGAGGGCUUACGGAAAACUUUAUCCAGUUUUAUAAAGUUCAGAUACAAUAGUUUUGUUCCCAAUUUCUUGUUCGAGUCUGCAGUCACACAUUAUACGAGCAACUAAAACUACUAUUGUCUGUUGUUCUUUUGUAGAUGGGAAUUGUAAUCGAUUUGAAGGAGCGCAAGAUAAUGAGCCUCUCUCCUCUUCCACCCCCUGCCUCUCCGGUGAGUGGAACAAACGUCAUAGCGAUGUACUUACCUUAAGUCGAUUAAAAAGAGUUUGAUGACGCUGAAAUAUGAAUUGUAAUUUAGACAAACUAUUAACGAUCUUUCUAGUUUGACUUUGCAAGUACGAAAGUGAAAAAAUUUUAAUCUUGGUGUUUUUGUUUGUGCCAGUCCGUUAGGACGGUUUUUACAGUAGAAUAAGCCCUUUAUUCAAGACCUUUUUGAACUCACUUUCUUCUGAGGCACUUUUAAUGAAGAUGUAGACCAUUCCGAAACGUUCUUGUUUUUUGCCUCUCACAGUCAGCGGUGUGUUGACCAAGAUGGACGUCUAGUUUCGAGCUCCCACUAACUUUGGCAUUUUUUCAGUGUUUUUGACGGUUUUUAUUCAGUGAACACGACUGUGAACAUGUCUUAGUGAGCUUUGAUUUGAACCGUUUACGCACUACUCUCCUCGAAAAGCUUCUCUACAACCAGUUACAAAAAGGGUUUGGGACAUUGCAUGAAAUAAUUCUCCCGUUGUUUAGUUAGCAUUACAAGAUCGUAUUUAACAGGAGAGAGAAGAUAAAACCUCUUGUGGUCGUAAUAAUUAUUUCUCUGUUGCGUAAAUAUUGCAUGUCAAGUAUCUCAUUUCUUGUAAUUUGCCACAGGGGUCGGUUAGUGGUGAAGAAUCUUCAACAUCAAAAAAGAGCCACAAGAGAAAGCACUCUCGAGCGGCGUCACCUGCAGGCUAGUAAUAAAAUUCUUUCCAGCCUUUUUGUAUACACUCUGUAUCGUUUAGAAAUGUAAGUAAGUUGGUAGUUAUUCGCAUAGCCGACGGAACGCUGAAGUUUCGGUCGAUGUUAACAUAACUUUAUUAUUUAUAUAGCGCAAAAUACUUGGGUAUAUGGUCUAAUGCGCUGUCGAUUGACGAUGCCGAGUUUUUUUUUUUUCUAUUCGGCAGGGGCGUUUUUUUCUGAAAAUGAGAGUCAAUCUUUUUUUAUAUGAGUUGGAACUAUAAAGCAUCAACCUUAACCCUAAAUAGAAGCUGGCCGUUUUUCGAGUCAGUUCUUAACCCUAAUCAGUAUUGAUCAGUGCUUAACCCUUAUCACUAUUCUUAGGGCUUAACCUUAAUCAGUAUUGAUAGUCAAUGCAGCCAUUGCCGAGAAUUAUGAAGAUGAGUAUUAACCAAUCUUCGCAUGGUUUGCUCUCAGUUUGGCAUGAAACAGAAGAGAACGCAAAUUCCCCAACACUACCUUGCUCGCUUGCUGAAAAAUUACCCGAGACCAUUGUGCGCGCCUAGUUUCAUCAAAUCGGGAACGCUUCGCAUACUAUAAACACUUAUUUUCUUAUUUUCGUACUUUUUUUUCAAUUCAUUACAUAUAUACACGCGGGGAAUUCUAUGAUGCCUCGUCGGGUUUUAGUCUGUGGGCCAAAACCCUGCGAGGGCUAUUGAGCAUGUGCUUUCAUUUUCUCUCUCUGUAUUUUUACCUUUUUUGAUUUUAUUUUAUUUUUUCGCUUGUUAUACUAAACCUUUGGAAUCCGGGAGAGCUGACUGUCUUAAAGCCGCGCGGUUGUUCUUCGCUUACCCAGGCCUUCUCUGUCAAUGCAUUUCGGUGACGUAUCCGAGGCGAACUUGCGAGAAAAUUCUUCGCGCGGAACACGUGGCCCGAAACGCAUUGACCACGCAGGAUAAUGAGGCCCAGGGGCUAGGCAACGCUUACCUCGUACACACGCCCAUUAUAGUGAGCUCAAUUUUAGUAUUAAUUUUUUUUCCGGGCACAGACCUUAGUCAUUUGGAUUCUCAACCGGGAACGCCAAUGAGUGUCGAGUCAGCGAAUUCUGAAGCCAGCAAAGUUCGCCUCAAAAUUAAGGUAAGAUUCGCCGCUUGCUCUUUCUUCUAUCUUGUAACAAUAUUUUGUUCCAUGUUUGUAGGUUUGAGUUUGAAUAGGCAUCUUCUAAAUGGUUUCGACAACAGCUAUGUGUUUGAAUAGCUGUCGAUGGUCGAGUUUCUUCCAUGUCUCUCAUUUACAUAGAUUCUUUGGGUCGAUUAUUUAAACGAAGUCUAUCUUAAGCAGCGGUUUAACAAAUCUCUGGACCCCCAGAUCUCUACCUUAGUGGGUUAUUUUAUGCUUUUCUAGUCUACACCAUAUGCUUUCAUAAAACUUUUCACAAUAAAUGGUGUUUAGGUAAAACCGUUGGGCAAACUGAAAAUGGCGUAGAACGCGGUUUUGUUAAACAUUGGCUAAACUACGUUUAAAUAACUGGCUCUUUAGGUUUUACUUGAAACAGUCCAGAGUCUUUGUGGGGAAAUAGAGUUGACUGUAUAUGAACUGAAUCUUAGAUUUCUUGUUAUUCACUUUAGAUUGGCGGUGAAGAGAGUGGUGCGGAAAGUGGAGGCGAAGUUCGAAUAAAACCCGACCCCGAUGGCGGCUCCAUCGAGCGUAAAAAACACAAGAAAAAGAAAAAGAAGAAUAAACACAAAGAUGACCGCGAGAAAAGGAAACUGAGUACGAGUAGCAGCAAUUAUGACUCACCGCUCAUGUUCGACACCAGUCUUCCGUAGAUUUGGUUGAUGAAAAGCGAGAUAAAUGUUGUAAUCAGACUUCUCGUGAUUCCAGUCUCGCCCUACACGUAUGCAAUCCUUUUUAGGUACAAAGCGGAACGGAAAUAGAGUUUUGCGGUGAGCUGGUUAAUCGUUUUCUUGUGAAAUGAUAAGCACCCGUGUACUCAGCCGACCAAUAGUUUUCAUUGCAUGCAGUCUUCAACAUUCAAGAAGGAAACAGUCGUGGACAAUAUGACAAAUAAGGGACUGUACACGCUUGCAGAAGAAAGCCGUGAACUUUGGAACAUUCUUGUAUUAACUUUCCGCGAAGCGACUUAUAUGAUUUAAGAAUAAAACGCGACAGGAAGAUGUUUCCUCCCCCUCCUCGUACCAAGCCGUCUAUCUUCACUCGCGUUUCAAGCUCACCUCUGUGUAGCCUGAGAAAACAGCCGACAUUUCUCGAUCACUGGUUUCCUCGCGAAAUAACGUCUGAAAAGCGAGCGCAGAAAUUCCAUACUGAUGAGUGUCAGUACCUAGAUCUGGGUAGUGCUUCUGAUUGUUCUUGUCGCGUGG